UUUCUCCCCCCUCCGUUCUCUCCUCCCUCUCUGCCCAUUCACUGGGCUGCUGCGAGACCUCGCCCCUCCUCCGCUCCCGCCUCCCCGCCACCGCCUCCUCUAAUGAGCAUCUCUGCCUUGCUUUCAAUGGGCCGCUGCUGCUGUCGCUGCUGCUGUCCGCGCGGUUUGUGGAUGUUGUCGGCUCCGUGUUGUGAUGACAGGAGAAUGUGUGUGUGUCCCGGGCCCAGACGGAUUGGAAUCCCAGUCAGAACAUCCAGCUUGCCACUGUUCUCCGAUGCCAUGCCAGCACCGACUCAACUGUUCUUCCCUCUCCUCCGUAACUGUGAGCUGAACAGAAUCUAUGGCACUGCAUGUUACUGCCACCACAAGCAUCUCUGCUGUUCCCCACCGUGCAUUCCUCAGAAUCGCCUGAGGUACACGCCCCAUCCAGCAUAUGCUACCUUCUGUAGGCCGAGAGAGAGCUGGUGGCAGUACACUCAAGGAAGGAGAUACGCCUCAACACCUCAGAAAUUUUACCUCACACCUCCACAAGUCAACAGCAUCCUGAAAGCCAAUGAAUAUAGUUUCAAAGUUCCAGAAUUUGAUGGCAAAAAUGUCAGUUCCGUUCUUGGAUUUGACAGCAAUCAGCUGCCUGCAAAUGCACCCAUUGAAGACCGGAGAAGUGCAGCCACCUGCUUGCAGACCAGAGGGAUGCUUUUGGGAGUCUUUGAUGGCCAUGCGGGCUGUGCUUGUUCCCAGGCAGUCAGUGAAAGACUCUUCUAUUACAUCGCUGUCUCCCUGUUACCCCACGAGACUUUGCUGGAGAUUGAAAAUGCAGUGGAGAGUGGCCGGGCCCUGCUGCCCAUCCUCCAGUGGCAUAAGCACCCCAAUGACUACUUCAGCAAGGAGGCAUCCAAACUGUAUUUCAACAGCUUGAGGACUUACUGGCAAGAGCUUAUAGACCUCAACACUGGAGACUCGGCUGAUAUUGAUGUUAAAGAGGCUUUAAUUAAUGCUUUCAAGAGACUUGAUAAUGAUAUCUCAUUGGAGGCUCAAGUCGGUGAUCCUAAUUCUUUCCUCAAUUACCUGGUGCUUCGGGUGGCAUUUUCUGGGGCUACUGCUUGUGUGGCCCACGUAGAUGGUGUUGACCUCCACGUGGCUAACACUGGAGACAGUAGAGCCAUGCUUGGUGUGCAGGAGGAAGACGGCUCGUGGUCUGCGGUCACGCUGUCCAAUGACCACAAUGCCCAGAAUGAAAGAGAGUUAGAGCGCCUGAAGCUGGAGCACCCGAAGAACGAGGCCAAGAGCGUGGUGAAGCAGGACCGCCUGCUUGGCCUGCUGAUGCCUUUCAGGGCUUUUGGAGACGUGAAGUUCAAGUGGAGCAUUGACCUUCAGAAGAGAGUGAUAGAGUCUGGCCCAGACCAGCUGAAUGACAAUGAGUACACCAAGUUUAUCCCUCCCAACUAUCAUACACCUCCUUAUCUCACCGCUGAGCCAGAGGUAACUUACCACCGCUUAAGGCCACAGGAUAAAUUCCUGGUGUUGGCAACCGAUGGGCUGUGGGAGACCAUGCAUAGACAGGAUGUGGUUAGGAUUGUGGGCGAGUACUUAACUGGAAUGCAUCACCAACAGCCAAUAGCUGUCGGUGGGUACAAGGUGACUCUGGGACAGAUGCAUGGCCUGCUAACCGAAAGGAGAGCAAAAAUGUCAUCGGUCUUCGAGGAUCAGAAUGCAGCAACCCAUCUCAUUCGCCAUGCCGUGGGCAACAAUGAGUUUGGAGCCGUCGACCAUGAGCGACUCUCUAAGAUGCUUAGCCUUCCAGAGGAACUUGCUCGGAUGUAUAGAGAUGACAUCACAAUCAUUGUAGUUCAGUUCAACUCUCACGUCGUCGGAGCGUAUCAGAACCAGGAGCACUGAGUCCUGCUACCCUGUAGUUCUCCAGUGCGGAGGGCAGACUGACUUGGGAAAGAACCAGUAAGCUAUUCCAGCGGGCCAUCCUGACACUUCACUCCUGCUUCUCUGUAGCUAGUCCAGUGCUCCAGCCUGACUGCAGCACAUAGCAUCACGAGUGUCUCUUCUGCCCUGUUGGCCCUCAGGCUAUGAAGAAUGGCAGAUAAUACCUUGAGUAGAUCAAAAGCAAGGAUCUUUCUGGGAGUAUUAGUAAAGGCAAAAAAAUGCUGUCCCCAUCUGCAAACUAAGCAUCAUAAAGAUUCUAAUGUACAUGAGAGUAUUUACUACAUGCAUUAUCACAUUUAUUUUAGCCUGAAGUAUUUUUCAGGUCCAGUACUUUAAGCCAUAAACGACCAUGAACCUGAAAUCUGAGUUUGUAAGCUUUUGUGAUUGUGCAUAGAAUAGGUUUCCCAAUGGAAAGAGCUCUCAACCGCCCUUCUUUCCUGACCCAUGGUAUCCUCGGUGUAACUGGGAUACUUUGUUUUGCUACACCGAAAAGACAAUAAAGGUUCUCAGUUUUAUUUAUCCUUCUAGUGAAUGUUAACUAAAGGGAAAAUGUGUUUUUUCAGUUUGUAUUCAUGAAAAGCUUUAUUUAGUCUGAAAUAAAGAUACCCAGAAUGAAAAGAGACUGUAUGUUUAAUUCUUGUCACCUGUGGCUCCCAGCAUUCCCCUGUCCUGAGUCCCUGAAGUCUUGGCAAGCUGUGUGUAGUGGGCGAGCAAACUGCUGCUGGGAAAUCAUCUUCAUUUGUGAUGGGAGUUCUCAUGGAACAAGUGUAGAUAGCAGCUUGAGUAGUAAGAUUUUAAUACUGUGUUAUGACAGUUUGUCCCCACUUAGGUCAACUAAAAUAAUUUGGAUUAAAAUUAUUAAGUGCUUUAAAUAUACUGUAGGUUGUAAUAUAUGUGUUAAGAUGUAUACAUAAGACACUUUUAAAUAGUGACCUGUGCAUGCCUGAUACAGAGCACUGUCUCAUCCAGUAUUGUGGCAGUCUCCAUAAUUAUAUGCGGUCCUUUCUAAUACUGUAUCAAAAUAAAUGAGAAAUAUAUUCAAGUAGGCUUUUUAGGAGUUUAAUAUGCAUCAAAUGAUACUUUUGUUCCUGCAUUUAAUGGUGAUCUGUGUACAGCUGUGCAUAUCUUUUUAUCACUUAUUCACCUAAAAAUAGCUAUGACUUCAUUUAAAGUUCACAUAGAUUUUUAAUUCAAAACAUUAGUGCCUGUUGUAUUAGUUGGGAAUAUAGGAGUCCUUUCAGAAUUGUGUAGGCUUUGAAGUACAUGUUCAAGGACUCCGUAUUGUGAUUCUUAAAUCAAUGUAUAGCAAUAUUGGCUGCAAAAUUUGUUCCAAAUGAAAGUAGACCCAGGAAGAUUACAGCUCAGAACAUCUUAGGAUUUGUUUUCUGAAGUACUUUUUGAUUUUGUUUUUUUAAAGUCAACUUUUUAAAUGCCACUUUAUUUUGGAGAGAGAAAGACUAUUACAUAUUUUAAGUGUUUUUAGAGACAUCUUAAGAUGAAAAAUACACAAUAUGAAACCCUGUUUUUAGUACGGUUUGGAAUUGGUUUUUAAUACCACCACUGGAGAGGUCUAUGUUAAUGUCUCAGUAUAAUACAGUGAAUAUAAAUUCUGCUUUCUGUGCCCUCUGAAAUAAAAGCAAGCCUUAUUACCCAAGAAGUGUCUGCAGUCUGAAAGCCAGCCUACCUGUAUAAAAAUGAAAACUCAGUGUGGAAAUGAAGAUAAGGGGUAUUCAAAAACCUUUGGUUGCUGUUAUCUAAACACAGUUGUGACUUUGUAACUCGUUGUGACAUGAUGUCUAGAAGUAAAGUCAGUUUGUGUAAAUUUUCA